CUGAAACUCUCUUUCUCUCUGUUUCAGCUUCUCAUCUCUGCAAUGGCUGCGUCAAGUGGUUUCCAUCAUGUCUCUUCCUCUUCUCCUUUACUUAGACUUCGCUCUUCCUCUGUCUCAUACGCCACUCAAACUCCGUUUCUCUCAUCAACUCGUAACGGUCGUAGUUCACUAGCAGAAAGCUUCGGUCUCGCAACUGUAACUGUUUCGCGCCAAAACGUAUCGGUUUCUCCGCAGUAUAAAGUGGUGGAAGGUCGCAUCUCAGGGGAAAGAGAACCGAUGACGCCUCCUUAUAACGUCUUGAUCACUGGCUCUACCAAAGGAAUAGGACAUGCGUUAGCUAAAGAGUUUCUGAAAGCAGGAGACAACGUUGUCAUAUGUUCUAGAUCAGCUGAAAGAGUUGAGUCUGUUGUUCAGAGUCUUAAGGAAGAAUAUGGGGAGCAUGUGUGGGGAACUAAGUGUGAUGUUAGAGAAGGGAAGGAUGUGAAGGAGCUUGUAGGUUAUUGUCAGAAGAAUCUUAAAUACAUUGAUAUUUGGAUUAAUAAUGCUGGAUCUAAUGCAUACAGCUUUAAACCUUUGUCUGAGGCCUCUGAUGAGGAUCUUAUUGAAGUUGUGAAAACAAACACUCUUGGGCUGAUGUUAUGUUGCCGAGAGGCGAUGAAUAUGAUGUUGACUCAAUCUAGAGGUGGUCAUAUCUUCAACAUCGAUGGAGCUGGCUCAGAUGGAAGACCAACACCCAGGUUUGCUGCAUAUGGUGCAACAAAACGAAGUGUUGUUCACCUGACAAAGUCAUUACAAGCAGAGUUGCAGAUGCAAGAUGUUAAAAAUGUUGUGGUGCACAAUCUAUCGCCUGGAAUGGUUACAACUGAUCUACUCAUGUCCGGAGCUACAACAAAACAAGCCAAGUUCUUCAUUAAUGUUUUGGCAGAGCCAGCUGAAGUGGUUGCUGAGUAUCUUGUCCCGAACAUUAGAGCAAUACCAGCUAGCGGAUCUAUGAAGCCGACUUACAUACGCUUCCUAACCGGAAUCAAAGCCUAUACCAAAAUAUUCUCAAGAGUUGCAUUGGGAGCAAGGAAGAAUAGGUACGUGACUGAAGAGUAGAUCAUCUUUUAUCUUUAUCUUGUUGACACUGAUCAUGUAUCAAACUAAAUUAACAAAAUGUAAAUAAAUACACCUCUACAUUUUGUUAAUUAAACUCCAAAACAAUUGUAGAAUAGCCCAAUGUUUGGCUGAGAAUGGUUUCUAGAUUGUUGGGUCCCCA